GGCCGAGCGGGCCGGGCCGGGCGGAGCGGCGGCGGCCCGGCGCGAAGAUGGCGGACGUGCUGAGCGUGCUGCGGCAGUACAACACGCAGAAGAAGGAGAUCGUGGUGAGGGACGAGGUGAUCUUCGGCGAGUUCUCCUGGCCCAAGAACGUCAAGACCAACUAUGUCAUCUGGGGGACAGGGAAAGAGGGCCAGCCCAGGGAAUACUACACUUUGGACUCUAUCUUGUUCCUGCUGAAUAAUGUGCACCUUUCACAUCCUGUUUAUGUCCGGCGUGCUGCAACUGAAAACAUUCCUGUGGUAAGAAGACCUGACAGAAAAGAUCUACUUGCAUACCUCAAUGGGGAAACAUCAACGUCAUCAAGUAUAGACAGAAGUGCACCACUUGAAAUUGGUCUUCAGCGAUCCACUCAAGUUAAAAGAGCAGCAGAUGAAAUAUUAGCAGAAGCAAAGAAACCAAGAAUAGAGGAUGAAGAGUGUGUGCGUCUUGACAAGGAGCGGCUGGCAGCUCGGUUGGAGGGGCAUAAAGAAGGUAUUGUGCAGACAGAGCAGAUCAGAUCCUUGUCUGAAGCCAUGUCUGUGGAAAAAAUUGCUGCUAUCAAAGCAAAAAUCAUGGCGAAGAAAAGAUCCACAAUCAAGACAGAUCUGGAUGAUGACAUAACUGCUCUUAAACAAAGAAGUUUUGUUGAUGCGGAGGUAGAUGUAACCAGAGACAUUGUCAGCAGAGAGAGAGUGUGGAGGACAAGAACUACAAUUUUGCAAAGCACAGGCAAGAACUUUGCCAAGAAUAUUUUUGCGAUUCUUCAGUCAGUAAAAGCCAGAGAAGAAGGUCGUGCACCUGAACAGAGGCCUGCACCAAAUACAGCACCAGCGGAUCCCACUUUACGGACUAAGCAGUCUAUUCCGGCUGCCUACAACAGAUAUGAUCAGGAAAGAUUUAAAGGAAAGGAAGAGACGGAAGGCUUCAAAAUUGACACUAUGGGAACCUACCAUGGAAUGACUUUGAAGUCUGUAACGGAAGGUGCUUCGGCCAGGAAAACUCAAACCCCAGCAGCACAGCCUGUGCCAAGACCAGUUUCCCAAGCAAGACCACCUCCAAACCAGAAAAAAGGAUCUCGAACACCCAUAAUCAUUAUUCCAGCAGCUACAACUUCUUUAAUAACUAUGCUUAAUGCAAAAGACCUUCUACAGGAUUUAAAGUUUGUACCAUCAGAUGAAAAGAAAAAACAAGGCUGUCAACGAGAAAAUGAAACUUUAAUACAGAGAAGGAAGGACCAGAUGCAGCCUGGGGGCACAACAGUCAGUGUUACUGUACCUUAUCGAGUGGUAGACCAGCCUCUGAAACUUAUGCCACAAGAUUGGGACCGUGUAGUUGCGGUGUUUGUUCAGGGUCCUGCUUGGCAGUUCAAAGGCUGGCCAUGGCUAUUGCCCGAUGGAUCCCCUGUUGAUAUUUUUGCAAAAAUUAAAGCUUUCCAUCUCAAGUAUGAUGAAGUACGUCUAGAUCCAAAUGUACAGAAAUGGGAUGUGACAGUAUUAGAAUUAAGUUACCACAAACGGCACUUGGACAGACCAGUAUUCCUACGUUUCUGGGAAACAUUGGACAGGUACAUGGUAAAACACAAAUCCCAUUUGAGAUUCUGAAUCCUCUGGCUGCCAUUCAUUUCCUGGAACGUGAUUGAGAAAUAUGAAAGAUGCUCCAGUUUGGAGAUGAAGGCUCUCACUGUAUGCAUUUGUCAGGAACUUUACAAAUGAAGAAAGGGUCACAGCUUAAUCUUUUAUAAGAUCUUGUUCGGAUGCUUCGUGCUAUGGCAGGUUGAUACCUGCUGUUACUACAAGCAAAAGUGUUUUCCUUAAAACUAUUUUUUUAAUAAUGUUAGCCUUCUAGCCUGCAAAUCAAAUUGUAUAUUUUGAUAGCAGCAGUUUCUUCCCCAUUUUGUUAAGUUAGGAAAAUUUUUAAGCAGUAUGCUUUUGUUCCUCAUUAGAAAAUAGGUUGAUCUUCACUGAAGGUUACUCUGUGUGUGUGUGUGUGUGUGUGUGUGUGUGUGUGUGUGUGUGUGUGUGUGUGUGUGUGUUAUGAGGCUUUCAAAAUGACUUUGCUUCUGAGUUUAGCUCUGGUUUCCUUUGCUUUAUUGUUUCACUUACUGAAAAUAUUUUGUUGUAAAUGGUAUUAUGUUUUAGUCUAUAGGACUUGCAAAACUAAGCAAAGUGACAAUUGUUUUGGAUAAAUCAAAAUGUCAACCUGUAUAUGUACUGUACAUUCUGUUUUGUUGAAAAAGGAAUGGUGAAAAAUCAAGAACCACUUCUUUGGGCUUAUAAUAUUCCAGUUUACCAAAUCUUCAGACUUUAUUACAAAUACAUUCAAGUAAAGUUAACACAGAAUGUCCAUCCUCCAUUCAGAUCCUUUAAUUUAAAACUUAGUGUGUAUGUGUACGCUACCGCCUGUCAAAUACUUUAUAUAUGAGAGUUCAAACAUUGUAUAGACUAAACAAUGAAUAGAACGGGGGAGAGUUUGCUUUUUUUAAGUCACCAUACAGAAUUAAUACUUUUGAUGCCAGUACAUUUAGAUAACCUCUUAUGUUGUCCCUUAUGACAAAAGUAGUCAAAGCCUUGUCUCCAGGAGUUGCCGUUUUCUGAUCUGAGCAGCUGGAGCCUUCCGGCAGUACUGCACUUGUACUGAAAAUAAACCUACUCCAGUUACCAAAGAACACAUUUGCUUGAUCUAGAUUGAGUAUAACUAAGGCAAGAAAACACUGGUAUUUGUAUGAGUUUAUGGUAACUACUUACUUUGACGUAACUUAAUAUAGUAUACCAGUUGAUAUAAUAGAAUGAUUAAAUACUAUAACAUACAUAUUAUAUUUCUGCUCUUAAAAUUCUGAACCAUGUUUCUUAUGCUUUGCAAUUGAGGUUUGACAAAAGUAAAAUGUUCUACAUAUUCAUUUUUCUUUUGCUUUUAUUUCACAUUUAUCUUCAUUUUUUUUUUUUUAAUAUAACUGGCAGCCUAGCUCCUACAGAAGUUUUAGAACCACACUGGCAUACCAGGCCUCUGAGGUUCCAGUGGCUUUGGUGAUACUUAACAUUUUCAUCUCAACUGUACUAAGACUACAAUUUUUAAAUUUAAAACUACACAAAAUAAAAACCUCCCAAUUCGCAUUUUUUCAUAGCAGUUAAAAUCCACAUCAGUAGUACUAAGAGUGGAGUUUUGAAUGGAUAUAAAAAUCACUGGGAAGAGCAAACAAUUCAAGACUGUAAAGUAGUUAAAUAAAAUCCCUUUCAGAAAAGUUCCUUUAACGGGUUUAAGAGGUUUGGUCAGAUCCAGGUCACUGACUCUCCCACUAAAUUUUGAUUCACAGAAUUAACCAGAAUUUUACUUUCUUUGUAUCUCUUAACCUUGAGAUAAAACUAGGGAACAAUUGUCAGUAGCGCAGCACUUUUACUGUGAAGAAAUGAUCAAUAUAAUUUGGGGUUUCAUACUGCUGAAGUUGUGGGGCAUCUAAUAUUUCUGUUUCUGCUGCUCAGAACUGGGGAAUUUUGUAGUUAGUCAGUACAAUGUAUGUAGGCAGCAUACUUGGUUUUUAAAAGACUACUGUAAUGGGCAGCAGCCAGUUUUCCCACAAGGUUUAGGUAUAUACAUAUAUUGCUCACAUGCAUUAUAAUUUGCAGAUUAUACUGUUGUUUUUAAAAUAUGGAAAGUCCAAUUGACAUUUUCUCUUCUCCAUCCUCUGUUUGUUGCAUUACGUGUUAAAAGCACAUGGUGUUAUAGCUCAUCAGUCAGUCUCAGACCCUGCAAUGCUUAGGCUCAAUGUGGCACACUGGAAGACGGCCUGAUUCUGAUUUCACUUACACUGGUGUACAUCCAUUGGAGUCAGUGGAGUGAUGCAGGUGUGAAACUGACAGGAAAGCAGAAUGUGUGAAAUCUGUUGGGCGAACUGUACCAUUUUUUGUGGAUUCAAAGCCAGACUUUUAAUAUUUUGGAAUUUUCUAUUUGCAAAAUAUGUGAUUACGAUCUAAAACGUAUUUAUGAAGGAGAUGGCACUUUUAGGUCUCUUCAUUCAUCAAGGUAGUGAGGUAGCUAUCUAAGUCAUGCAAUUAGUUGCCUUCACUGGGAGUUGGAUCAGGUACUCACAGAAUAGCUCUCCUGGGUGUCUCUCUAUAUACAUUUAUACACACAUCAUGAAACUACUUGGACUUAAAGUUUAGCCAUAAGCAUCAUUUUACAACAGAUCAGGUGUUUGAUAUCACUUUAUGCUUAAUUUCUCUACAUAUUAAUGAAUUGUAAGGAAAACUGGUACCAGGAACUGGAAGAAGCUGUACUAUAUGCCAUUUGUUUAGGUGAGCUGCAUUCCUACUGGUGAGCAGUUUUAAGAGCUUGCAGUGCUGAGAUGUGUACAAAUUGUGUAAACUGUAUUGAAAAUUAAAAUGUAUAAGUGAGAAUGUGAGCUAUUUUACUGAGUGUCAUUUUACUAAAAAGUUAAAUGACACAAGCAGUAUGGGGUUCAAAUAUCAAAUUGACUGUUUCCUCUUUAUUCUGUGUAGUACUGUUUUAAUAAUCAAAACUGCUUUGAAAUAGCUAAACAAUAACACCUCUACUAUCAUUGUUUGAAAAGUACUAAAGCAAGAUGGAAACUAGCUUACAAUGUGAUAUUCAGGGUUCCAUAUCUCCAGCGUUUUAAAAAAAUUACAGCAAUAUUAUAGCUACCUUUUGAAAUACUGAUUUAUAUUAAAAAUAUUACUGCUUUAUAAUUUAUACAAAGCAAGAACGGUCUGUACACUACUUGAGCUUUCUGAAUGCUGCACUGAACAAAGUGGCAGAAGCAGAUUUCUUUAGUCAAUGCAGAGAUAAUUUCUUUUUAAAUAGACUUGUUAUACCUGAAGAAAUAACGGAUCAGCACCUUCAACUGAAUAGGCUUAACUACUAUAAAGUUAUUGGCAGGGAAUUUUUUUUCUAUCAAGAUAAUUCUACAAGGAUGUGCUAAAAGCCAGUGCUUGAGCUUCAUGAUUUAUAGAACUAUUCAACAAUACUGUAAACUUCUUAUUUUUGAAUACAGAUAAGGAGUAAUAUAUGGGAAGUGUACUAUGUAUUAAGUUCAUAAGGAGCUGAACCUAUGAUCAAGGAUAAUGCGAUAUAUGAUGUCAGAUAAAUGUUUAUCUGAACAGCACAUUUGUUUUUGGCUUUCAUUCUGUGUUCAAUCAGUGUAUAAAAUAUUACUGUUCUCUUAAAUGACUUUCAAAAAUGUUUUAUUGGUCUAACUUUUCAUUCUCAUGCCCAAUGAAAUAUGCACUUAGUUGCUAAUACUUGCUAACACUGUACAAAAAUAAGCUGGUCAAAAUUAAUGGAUUAGAUGGUGGGUUUAAAAUUUAAUGUUGUGAGGCUGUGCUCAUUUUAAUUCAAAAGCCAUAACUAAUGCAUACUACUUUAUUAAACCAAUGGGUUCAUGAAAAAUUAAAAAUCCCUGCCUGAAGAUAUUGUUGGCCUAACAGGUUAAAGUUCAUCUGGAAUGCUAAAAAAAAUAAAAAUAAUAAUUUGUGGGAAAAAUGUGCCAUAUAGAUUGGAUUCUGUGAAUAUCAAAUUGUAGCUCUGUAAAUUAUGUAGCACCUGGUUUUUAAGGAGCUGUGGUCCUGUUAGUUUCAUUUGUCUGGACAGAUACAUGCUUCAUUAGAAAUUGUAAGUACACAUUUAUUUUUUUGGUUUGCUGUGCAGUCAUUUUCUUCACCCGAAGACCUUUAACAUUGUAUGUAUAUCCUGAGGUAAUAAGGAGAGGAAGGAAAUCAUUUAAAAUGUGAAGAGGUUGGAGUGAAGCUCCUUCCUUUUGGCAGUAUAAGCAUGGUGUGUUGAGUCCAACAAUCCUCUUCUUGGCGCCAAUGAGUAAAGAGAAUACUUGUAUGGAGAGCUGCUGUUGACUUCCAUGACUUUCAUUUUUCUCUCUGCUGGUGAGAAAUAUAAUUGCUGUAAACUCAGAGGAAAUGGGUAUUUAUUGAAGCAGAACAUAUUUUGGUAAGAAGCAAAUGCUGACAGGCAGUGUUUCCAAGUUGACUUCACUGCAUUCAUUUUUCUUUAAACAGAAGUUGUUUUAAGAAUUGUAAAUGAGUGCAGAUCCAGAGAAUAUUCUGAAAUGUUUGAAAUUUAAAUCCAUUAACUAGUUUACAUGUAAAGCUGGAAAAGUUCUGAGGUAAUGUAUAAAAUCUCUAUAAAAAGGUAUUACUGUUCAUGGAUUUUAUUUGCAUCUGUAAAUUCCCUUUCCAUCUACUCUUCACUUUUCCCAAAGUCAGAAAACCUGAUUACCAUGCUUGUGUACAUUCCUGAAAUUGUCAAAUGUAAAUCUUCCUGAAACUGUAAUUGCCUGAAGUUCUGAGUGCAGAUUUGUCUAAAAUAACAAGCAAUGAAGGCAGCAAAAAAUGAAGCUUAACUUAAAUCUAGUUUGGCCAGCCUGCCUAAUGAAAAUGCUUGAGUGGCCCUAUGUAAACUAGAGUUUUUCAGUUUCAGCUGCUGCCUUCUCAGAUUGUAUGUGGGGUGGGUUGAAAUCCUGGCCACGCAGAAGUCAAUGGCAAAACUCUGACUGAUUUCACUCAGGCCUAGAUUUACCCAAUGUCUUAAAGACUGAGAGAUUCUCUAGAAUCUUCCAGGAAUGAAGAGUAGCAAGUAGGAAUGGAGGAGACAUUUUAUAGAAGCGUAAGGGUUGAAUCUUGGGCAAUUGUAUUAGAUCUUAGAAAAAAAUUGAUCACACUUAGUAUAAAGGUUCCAAAAAUGGUUUUAAAAGGGUUAGUAAACAAUUAUAUAUUUUAAUAAAUGAUUAGUUGUUAGUCCAACUGGUCAAUAGUUUUCUUUAUUCUAUAUUUUAUGAUCCACUAUAUCUUAUGAUCUGUAAUAGCUUUUACUGAUGUACUUGGAAUCAUUUUUAACAUGCUAUUGAUGUUGGUAACAUGCUUUAUAACAGCUAUGAAUAAUUUCUUAGCCAUUUAUAAAUGGCACCUUAAUAUAAAGUGUGACCAAAAGGUUACCAUGCAGUCUUGGCACUGGUCGUGUGACAUCACUGGUGAGGGGACUUGAAGUACUGUUGUUGCUUACAAGGAAAACAUCGGGCUGUCUGUUUUAACUUGGUGGGGGAAGUUAGCUGUCUUUGAAAAUUGGACACGCAAGUAUUUAUUAAUCUCACAGGAUUAGUGUGUGUGUUCUCAAGUAGUUUGAUAGCGCUAGCACACACCAAUGCAUGUACUCAUCUAAACAUGUGCAUAUGUUUAAACAUACACUGUGAUUUGUUACAGGUUUAGCUGCAUCUAUGACUCAUUUAGGGCACCCCCUCAACUCUCAUUCCUAAUGUCUUCACCUCUCCUGGUGGGGGGAAUCGGGUGAUUUCUCACUCUCUUAGAUGGGGUCCUGGACUACAGCUGUCUGUACCAACUCUGCUCGUCUGUCUAAUCUAAUUGAGAUUGGCACCUGCAGUUCUUCCCUUCAGGAAUCUGUGGCCAACAGUGAAUAUAGUGAUAUACCAGCUGUCUUAAAACAAAAGCAUUGUUUAAUCUUAACAGUAGCAGCAAAGCAUAACUUAGAGUGUUUACAUGUAUGCUUCUUACCUUGAGUCCUAGGCAGGCCUCUCUCUCCCUAACCUUUGAGAGUCUGGAUCUGUCUCUUCUCUUAACACAUUCUCCCUCUGUCUUUAAGGAGCUCUUAUUAAAUCCAGUCAAAACUUUUGUUCUCAAAUUCCCAAGCUUUAAUAUGCUUCCGCAAACCAGUUUGAACUGUGCAGAUGGUGGAGCUAGAGAGUCAAACCAAAAGGCCCUUGCAUUAUGUCUCAAGUGUUUUGUAACAACCCCCCAAGUGUGUAUGUGGAUGUCUUAUGUCAAGUUACUGUCUUGCUUUCCUGGAUGUUUUCCCAACAGUUGAUUUAAUCCAAGAUAGUCGUACACUAAUUUAUCCCAAUAACCAGGUCAAGAUACAGCAUGCAUAAAUUAUUACAGGCAGCUCUAAAUCAGUGUUGCCCUCCACAAAUAUUAAGCACCAGACAGAUCAUUAAUAUCCUAUUCAAUCAAUAGACAAAUGAACAAACGUUUUGCCUUAGAACCUGCUUUUUAGUGCAGGCUUUAAUGGAUUUAAUCUGAAUAGAAUUUGUAAUUUCCUUUCAGUGCAAGACUAUUCCACUUAUAUUUUACUGGUUUUCAGUCAGGGAACAGCAUGCUUCAUUUACUUUGAGUUUCUUUUUUUGGAGGGUAUUCUAUUCCUGAGCUGUACUAUUGUGUCCUGUUGUAAUUACGACAGGAGUUCCUUUUGAUAACGAGAUUUAUAUGCUUAGUUAUGUCCUGAAAUGCAAAUGUGAGCCAGUGGGAGUAGAUAGAGAAGCUUUACAAAGUUUUUGAUCUUUCCUCUUGCAUUUCUUUGAGGGGAUUAAGACGCAAGCCAGUUCCCUCCUCUUUUUAACGCACAAUCCAUAAAAAUUCCUGAGAAGACGUGUGACUUGAAGGACUACACUGCUUCCAAUUUGCUUUACAUCUUUUCUACCGAUAUUUACACUGCCUAUAUUAAUGGCCCCAAGACGUGAAACUGGAUAAUGGGCAUCUAACUCUGGAAAGGCUGAAGUCAUCUGGUAGGAAGAAGGAAGUACUUGGAUCAAUUAGCAUUAACCUUCCCCCUCCCCUUAACUACAUGUGUUCUCUGAUAGUCAAAGUAGUGCAAAGUGUAGAGCAGGAGUGGGCAAACUUUUUGGUCCGAGGGCCACAUCGGGGUUGCAAAACGGUGUGGAGGGCUGGGUAGGGAAGGCUGUGCCUCCGCAAACAGCCUGGCCCCUGUCCCUUAUCCGCCCCUUCCCACUUCCCCCUCCCGCCCCCCCCAGCUGUCCCCUCAGAAUCCCCGACCCAUCCAACCCCCCCCCCCCCACACACACACCCCUUGUCCACUGACCGCCCCCUCCUGGGACCUCCUGUGCCUAACUGCCCCCAGGACCCCAACCCCAUCCAAUCCCCCAUGCUCCCUGUCUCCUGACUGCCCCCACCCCAACCUCUGCCUCAUUCAACUGCCCCCUGACUGCCCUUCAGGACCUCCUGCCCCUUAUCCAACUCUUCCAGCUUGCUAGGGAACUACACUGUCAUCUUAGAUGAGGACCUAGGAAGCAUGACCUAUCUGAGCCAGACUGAUGGCCGAGAGCUAUGCCCUCCACUGGCUGCCUGUUCAUUUUGGGGUCCAAUUUUGAGACCUGGUACUAAUCUUUAAGACACCUAUCCAUUUGCUGCCUACCGAGAUAUAAGCACUCACCAGCUAGACUGAAAAUUAGAGCCUAUGUUGGCAUUCAAGCGAUGUGAGGGUUAUAUUUCGCUCUUAUUUUUAAGAGUUUGCAGUCUGUGGACUUCGGCUCAGGCCCUAAAUCAGUCUCCCUUUCUGAGAAGAGGUACAUUAAAUCAUUCCUCCCAGAAUGGAACUAGGUGGCCUCCAAUUUUUUUGUUUUGUUUUUUGGUUUUUUUUUCCCUUGACUAGACUGGGAUAAGCUUUCACUCCCAGAAAUGUCCCUGCAUUAUGUUUAGGUUUCUCUGCAGAGUCAGAUGUGUAGCCUCAGGCCGGUGGUGGAGGAUGUAGUAACACUUCACAUUUUAUUUGUCCACAUAUCUAUUCUGACAGGUUUAAUUUUCACUGUGGCAUGUCUCCCAGCUAUAUUAAAAAAAAAAAUUCUCACAUAUAGACUUAGGUUUGUGGUCUUCCUAUAAGACUGGCCAGGUUUUCCUCUCCACGGGCAGAGGUAGUAAAACAUUCCCAACCUCCCUCUGGGGGAUGCAAGUGAAACGUUGAUCUUCGUAGAAGGGGUCCCUCCAGGUCAGGGUUAAGACUUGUUGGCAGACUGGUAUAGGAAAACUUGUAUUAUUACAUCCAGCACCUUUCACAAGCACUAAAACUCGCAUUCGAUACUGAAAAGAACCUUCUGAGACUUUGAAAGUUGUACUGGUGUAAUUAUUUUGGUUAGAGGGGUGUGAAUUCUCAAAAUAGUUAUAUUGGUAAAAUCCCAUGUGUGGUUACAUUUAUAUACUGGUGUGAAGGUUACUUACGCCAGAAUUAUUAUUCCCCCUCUCCCAAACAGCUAUGCCAGUAUAAAAGCAUAUAGUGAUAUAACUGCAUCCAUAUUGGGUUAUUUUUGCCAUUUUUACUAUACUACAGUCAGAAUAGACUAUCCAAGCUUGCUUACUAAUUUUUAACAUUAAUAUAAAGAAUUUCAAAAUGUGCAUCUUACCAGCUAGAAUCCAAUUACUAAUUUAAAGAUUUCUCAGCUAAAAGUAAUGCCCAAUAACCAUUUCAAAGCACAAAUAUCUUCCUACAUCAUGAACAUUCGGGAUGAACUUUGCAAAUUGUGGAUGGGAGAACAAAGAUAAGGAAACAUCUCACUCUCCCUACACUGAUCUGGACUGAAGCUGUACCAGCUUGUUUGACAGCAUGAAUGGGUACAUCACUGAAACGCAAUAGAAAAUUUGCUUCAGAUAAAUGAUGCAUAGUAACAAAUUGGUUGAUUAAAAAAAUAGUUAUAUUACCAAAAUUUUUGCAACAAUUGAGCUAUUGUCAGACAUUGCACACAAUGUAAAAUUGAGUUGUACACUGAAAUUCAUGGGAACUUGUAAACUUACCUAUUUGCAUGCAAUAUUUAUAACUUUGAUCCCAAGCUCUAUUUCUGCCUUAUGAAUAUCAGGAUCAAUUAAUGUGACCUGUUAGAGUCAUUUUACUCAGUCAGAAGUCAACUGCUGUCUUUCUAAAGAAAUGCAGUGUUUCCCAUACAGGAGAAAAAAGACCACUGGGAGUAUAUGUAUACGAAUUUCAAGCAAUACUGACAGCAGUAAAAGACACUCUUGCUACUGCUUAGGAAGUUGUGGUAAAACAGUGACCAAGUUGUCAAAAUCUAAUCUCCAACGUGUUAUAUAUUGAUUAGUUAGCUUUUUGUAUGACCUGUACUGGCUCUUCACAAAGGAGCUUCUUUUUAUGGUCGUCUAAGUGCUCACAAGCUGAAAAAUUGUUAGUUUUUUAUCCCACUGGAAGACCAAUAGAAGAAUAUUACAAGCAGAAUAUAAAAAUAGUUUACUGUGAAGAGGGUGAAACUCAGCACUUCAUUGUGGAAAGGUUUGUAUUGAAAAGAGCAUCUAAAAUACAGAGAAGAGCAACUCUCUUGGUGUGAGGCCAUGUUCCAGGAUAUACUUCAUCAGUUUUAUGCAGGUGUGUGAAUACCUUGUUUAUAUGUGCUAGAAACAGAGAGGAUUCCUUGCUCUUAUUCUGAUAUGGUUAUACAUAUACAAGAGUAGAAGAAUGCAUCUGUUUGGCUGUACUUCUGGAUGUGUCCAGCAAAACGCAUUAUGGUUAAAUGUUCUAUGCAGAUUGUUGUGAGGUGCUCAGGUUUACUAUGUGUAAAUUGUUUUUUAUUAAAGCUAACAGUUGAGGAAAAUUGGAAAUUAAAAAAAACUAAACACUUGCUAUUGCUACCUGUAAAAUUGAUGUUUCUAGAUAGUUGGGUAGAGAAUUGCCCAUUGACAAUAAUUACAGUACAGUUGCAUUGCAUGUGUAAGUGAUGUGCUCAUAUUAAAUACCUUGUCAUGCUUCUCUUCAUGUUCAUUGCCAGGGUUCUAAAAUAAAGUUGUUUGUUAGUACUUACUAUUUGGAUUACAUUAGCAGCUAGAGCCCCCGUUGUGCUAGGUGCUAUAUAUACACAUACUCAGACCAUCCCUGCCAUCUAGAGUGUACGUUCUAAAUAGAUAAAACAGACAAAGGGAAGGACAGGAACUAUUCACUCCCAUUUUAAAGAUGGCAAAUAGAGCUUAAGUGAUUAGCUUGAGCACCACCUGAAAUCUGUCAGAGUCAGGAGUUGAUCCCAGAUCUUCCAAGUUCCAGUCUAUCACCUUAACCACAAGGCAACCCUUUUUAUGCUUACUGACCAAAAAAAGGAAAGGAAAGGAAAACAAA